GCACCUAGUCCUCCCCCCCCCCCGCAUUCUUGUGCACUGACGUCACCGCCGUCCGCUCAGACAGGACGUGUUCACCCGGAACAAGCUGAGUGCGCUCCGUGGAUCCCGUGACCUAUGACCUGGGGCUACCUGGCCUGGCCCAGCCGUUUACCGCUUAGUGUGCUGAGCCCAGGUGAGCGGGAUGGGCAGGGGGCACCAUGCAGCUCCGGCCAAGCUAUGAGAGGAAAUGUAGCAGUGAGGCCAGCAACUUCAAAGAGAAAAAUUCACUCACCAUGCAAACACACUCUGGGCAUCCCCUUCAUCAAAAUGGCAAUGGCGAAAGUUCUUCAGUCUGCCUGACCCUUCCUCCUAUCAGACACCCUGCUGAAGGGUCAAGUAUAACAGGAGAUGUGGCUGUAGAGAUGAACUCCACAGAUUCUGACAGUGGACCAAGAUCUGGUUCCAGACAAGCUAGAGCAAACCCUCAUGGACGUUUUCAGAAUAGACACAGCCAUGUGCAUACUCAUUCUCAUGAAACAGGUGGGACAGAGGCUCAGAAUAAUACAGACUCAAGAGAAAACAGCAGCAGUAUCUCAGAGGCCCUGCACUUCUAUCCGUGGUUGGAAAAAAGCUUUCCAUAUAUCUUAAUCUUCGGUGCCAAACUUAUUGUACAGCACAUAACAGGCAUUUCUGUUGGAAUUGGUCUGCUAACAACUUUUCUGUAUGCAAACAAAUGCAUUGUAAAUCAGGUUUUUCUAAGAGAAAAAUGUUCAAGAUUGCAGUGUAUUUGGGUCAUUGCAUUUUUAACCUGCUCCUCGGUCCUUUUGUAUUACACUUUCUACACUCAGGCUCUUUAUUACAGCUUGAUCUUCAUGAACCCUUCUCUUGGACCUCUACAGUUCUGGGAUGCUUUGUGGGUUGUGGGGAUCACAGAUUUCAUUGUAAAGUUUUUCUUCAUGGGCCUUAAGUGUUUGGUUCUACUGGUGCCUUCUUUUGUGCUAUCCUAUAAAAGCAAGGGCUACUGGUACAUGGCUUUAGAGGAAAUAGCUCAGUAUUUCUGCAUGUUUGUUUCUACACCAGUUUGGUUCCGUUACUUAACUGAUUAUGGUGCUGAAACCAGUGGAGCUGAGUGGCAUGUUGGGGUUUUGUUGGCUUUGCUCUACCUCAUCUUAAAACUUUUCAUCCUUUUUGGACAGUGGAAAAAAUCUGCAAAUAACUUACUACUGUUUUUCACUCAGCCGACGUACGGAACGCCUGCAACCAAGAGGCAGUGUUCAGAAGCUGAUGAUAUCUGUGCAAUCUGUCAGGCAGAAUUCACAAAACCCACUGUACUUGUAUGCCAGCAUGUGUUUUGUGAAGAAUGCAUUUCCUCAUGGCUCAAUAGAGAGAAAACAUGCCCUCUCUGCCGGACUGUGAUUUCCAACCACCAUCACAAGUGGAAAGAUGGAGCUUCUUCUCUUCAGCUUCAGCUCUUUUAGGCUCCCCCGAGCUGUCUUGCAAUAUAACCACGCAAAAAGCACAAAGAAAAUCUUAUUUUACCAAGAUAGAUUUUAUAUAUAUUUAUCUAUUUCAGAAUUUUUAUAAACUUUCAGGAAAUACAUGUUUUGGUGAUCUAACAAAGGUUUAAUGCUUGUGUACAGGGUGUUUCUUGGCAUCCCUGGAGGGAAAAAAUAUAUGAAUAUUUAGAAAAUGUUUCAUGUAGUGCAACAUAUGAACGUGUAUAUUUAUUACUUUUUAAAAAUUAUUCAUGGUCUGUGAAUAUUUUUCUUUGCACAUCAAUUUUGAAAAGAGAAACCACAGUUUAAAAUUAUAUUCUUACAAAAACAAGUCAGUAUGUUAAGAAUAGUAUU